AUGAGUUUUCGGACGCUAAUUUUAUUACUACUUGCAACGGUGCUAAGCUCAUAUUUGGCUGAAGGGCAAAUUGUGGAUCAUAAGCCAAUCAGGGAUAGAGUUACUGAACUUAAUAGCAGUAGCUCCAUAAGUCAGUUGUUGAAUUCAUUACCAAUUCGUGUUCCAUAUGCCAAUGCAAGGAACAGUACAACUUCUAUGAUAGGAGUCAUGGGGAAUAUUGAAACUGCUGGGAAAAAUAGGGGUCAAGGAGGCGGAGGUGGUGGUGGAGGUGGUGGUAAUAGUGGUGGUGGAGGAGGCAGAGGAGGAAGUGGAGGGGGAGGAGGAGGAGGCAGCGGCGGGGGAGGAAGUGGAGGNGGGAUGGGGAUGUUGGGAGCAUCCUCCGCCAGGCAACUAAGAGCUCCUGCAUACAUGAUCAACUUAUUCAUGCAGCACUUCUUUCUUUUUACGUAA